GUCCCUCCUCCCACCUCUUCCUCGCCCCAACCCUCGUCACCCUUGCUGAUCUGCACGACCUACCAGACACAGAGAUGGCCCACCGCAAGCACCUGCACGCUGCUCUCGGCGCUGCUGUUGCCGCUAUGGGCCCCUCCCGCUUCCUCUCCAUCCUCCCUCUCGGCCUUGACCCUGAACCUGCUCCCGCACCUGCUGCCGGACCUACUGCCUCCGCAGCAGCAGCAGGAGUGGCAGCAGCAGCAGCGGCGGCGGCGGCCACUCCCGCGGCGCCACGUGUGUGGCUGCUGCCAAUCCUGCGCCGCCACACGGCGGGCGAGUCGCUCUCCUUGGUCCUCACCGCCCUCCUCCCCCUCUCCCACCACCUCCUCCUUGCCGCCCAGCAAGCCCGCUCGCCCCAGGUCGACCGGCCAAUCGCGGCCAAGCAGCUGGCGGCGCUGCGGGCGGCGGUGUGGUCGCUGCUGCCCGCUGUCGCCAGCCUGGCGCCGGACACUGCGCAGGUGUUUCCGCACUUAGCUAAGCACCUGGCGGAAGCAGUGGCAGCAGGAGGGAAGGGCGAUGAGGGCGAUGGAAUCCGGUCUGCAGUCUGUGUCACCCUGCAGCUGAUGGUGGAUCAGAACCGCAUGGCCAUGGGUCGUCCGCCCCUCUCCAAGCGCCUCACAGCCUUUGAUGGCCUCUCAGGUGCUCCCACCACCGCCCUUGCUGCUGCCAUCACGGACAGUGCUGCUUCUGACUCUGCUGGAGCGGCUGCUGCUGCUCCCUCUGCAGCACCUGAAGCAGAAGCAGCGUUCCGGGCGGCCCUAGAGGACGACGACGACACCACCGAUGCCGAGCGCCGCGCGUGGCGCCAGCUCACCGCUGACGUGGCAGCCGCCAACCUGGCGGCCAUGUCAGGCUCGGCCCGUCCCUUCCUCCCGAUGCUGUUUGACGCGUUCGUGGCGGCCCCAUCAGCCAAGAGGGGCGAACUUCAGAGUGCCAUCGGGGCUCUCGCUGCUGUGGCUGACCCGGCGGCCCUCCGACUGUUCUUCACGAAUAUCAUGAGCAAACUGCUCUCCGCUACACACGCUGCUGCCUCUGGUGGUGCUGCUGCUGGUGCCGGCGCAGCAGCAGGAGCAGGGGAUGUGAGCAAGGAAGCCGGAGAGAAGAGGGCCAUGCUCAUGGAUCUCUCGCUCUCCCUGCUACCGGGCCUGGACGUGGAGUGCUGCCGUGCGCUCUACAACGCAACGAGGCCCGCCAUCCAGGACAAGUCUGCUGCCGUGCAGAAGAAGGCUUACAAGCUCCUCGCAUCACUGCUUGAGACACACCCAGAGCUCCUGAGCCAGCAAUCCGAGGGCGUGGCAGGGGGAGCACCAGGCGGAGCAGCAGGGGGAGGCGUGCUAGCAAAGGCAGUGUUGGAGGAGCUGCUGAUGGGCGUGGGUGGGGUGCACUCGCCGUCUCGCCACUACCGCAUCAAGAGCCUCUCAGCCGUGCUGCUGCAUCUGGCUCGCUCCAAUGUUCCGGCGUUUCAUGAAGCAGUGGCUGCCACACUCACUGAGAUUGUGCUGUCCGUGAAAGAGGUGAACCGCAAGGCACGCGACGCAGCCUAUCAGCUCAUCAUAGCUCUCGCCAAGGAGAUGCAGCGACUGGCAGACGAGCAGCACGAGCAGAAAUUCUUGGCGGCUGGAGGGAUCAUGUACGGCGGUUUCAGUGGCGAUCAGUCCAUGGAUGGUGCUGGUUCCGCUGAUGAUGAUGAUGCCGAUUCGCCCUUCCUCAAGUUCUUCACCAUGGUGAUGGCAGGGCUAGCCAGCAGCACCCCGCACGGCCAGAGCGCAGCAGUGAUGGCCCUGGCUCGCCUCAUCUUCCACUUCUCCUCCUCGCUGCUCCACCUCGUCCCCUCGCUCCUCCCGUCCCUCCUCCUCCUCUUCCGCUCGCCGCACCGCGAUGUGCUCAAGGCGUGUCUGGGCCUGGUGAAGGUGCUAUCUGUGCGCCUGGAAACUGCUGACCUGGAGGCUCACCUGCCGGCGAUCAUGAGUGCUCUGCUGUGCACGAAUGAAAUCGUUGCAACCAGGUUCAAGGCCAAGGUGCGCAAGAUAGUGCAGCGGCUGGCGAGGCGAUGCGGCCAUGCGACGGUGGCAGCAGUGGUGCCGGAGGAGCAUCAGCGCCUGCUCACGCACAUCCGCAAGGAGGUGGCCCGAGCAGCCAAAGCCAAGGAGAAGAAGCGCGGAGGAGCGGGGGCGAAGGGCUCGCAGGCAGAGGAUGGGGAGGAGGGCGGUGACGGGCGGUCGACCAUGUCGGGCAGAAGCAGGGCGAGAACGAGCGACUGGAGCCACUCCAACCUCUUUUCCGACACGUCAGCGGACGGCGAUUUCAGCGAUGACGAGGAUUACGGCGAUGCUGACGAGGACGAACGCAGCGUGUUCGGCGGCAAAUCACGCGCCGCCAAGUCAGCAUCCCGCCAGGACGGGUCAAAAAAGUAUGCGUGGUCGAACGCGCUCUCGUCCAGGGUGGGCAAGAAGGCGCAGCACGGCAGGCCACAGCUGCACGAGCGGAUCACAGAGACAGGUGGCGACACGCCAUUGGACCUGCUCGAUCUCGCAGGCACGCGCAGGGCCCUCUCUGCGCCCCUGCUCAAGCCCACCCGCGGAACCCUUUCCUCUGGUGGUGGUGGUUCGAAGCGGCAUCGUGAUGGGGGUGCGGAGGGGGAGGGGGAGGAUUCGGGAUUCGAGUAUACAGAGGAUGGAAAGAUAGUUGUUCCGGAUGAGAUCGAAGGGGGAGAGAGUGGUAGAGGGAGGAGGGGAGGAGUCAAGAAGGGGGUGGGGGCAGGUGGGGAGGAUGACGGAGAGGGGAAUCUGGAUUAUGGGGUAAUGGAGGAUGAUGACGUGGCGAUGGGUGAUGCCAGCCUGGCAUCUGCGAGGGCUGCUGAGCUGGCUUUUGGCCGGCGUGUCCGCGGGGCGCGAGGUGCAGGAGGAGGAGGAGGAGGAGAAGGGGGAGAAGAGAGAGGGGGUGCUGGUGCUGGUGGUGGUGGUGGGAGGAAAAAGGCCAAGGCCAAUUCUGGCCAGGCCAUUCCUUCUGGUAAGGAUAAACGUGGCGGGAAGAAGCAGACUGGUAGUGGUAGUGGGUGGUCUUAUACAGGGGAUGAAUAUGCCGCAGGCAGCGGGCGGCGUGCGGGCGGCGAUGUGAAGAAGGAAGGGAAGCUGGAGCCUCACGCAUACUGGCCGUUGGAUGCAAAGAUGCUCAAUCGGAGGGCUGGGAAGCUUGCAGCGGCACGGAGGGGAAUGACCAGUGUGAUGGGGGCGGGGGGGAAGAAGGGGGGAGGGGGAUCGGGAGGGGGAGGAGGAACAGGAGGAGGGAAGGGUGGGGCGGGGAAGAAGCAGCACAAGGGGCACAAGGGGAAGGGGAAAGGAAAGGCGUAG